ACCAACUCCAACACCCACAAACCCACCACCUCCCACUCCCCACUAACGAUCCCAAUGGGCUUUAUUUACCGUUAAUAAAAUCUUCAACUUGCGCAUUUCUUUAAUUUUCGUUGCGCCAUUCGACCUUUUUGACCCCGCUGCCCGCAGCGCGUUGUUUACAUCAUGGCCGCCGCUGGCGCAAGGGCUCAGAAGCCCGUCGGCUCGGCCCCAUGGAUCGCCGCAGAGAAAGAAAACAUGGCCGAUUUGGUUGAGCAGGAGUUGGAAGAAGUGGAAUACCCCGUUCGCCAUGAAAUGGACUGGUUGAAUGAACAUAUGGCCGAGAUCUUCUCAAAGGGCCAAGCAAACUUUACCGAUGUGUUUAAGACGCCAGGAAAGAUGAGAGGCAAGACUCCACGAACGGCCCGGAAGCGUAAUGUGGAAGAGAAUCGAGUGCCGCUGAGUGAGAUCUUUUCGUCCGCUCACAAACGCGUGGAGAAGAACGCAGCUCCCAGUCCCAGUCCUUUCAUUCAUCGUGUCGUCUCGAAAACCAAUGCGACGGGAAUCGCAUCCGCACCUUCUCCCGCUGCCUCUCGCGCCAAGACUUUGGAAAAGGGCUUGCAGCCCCAAUAUCCCGACCUCACCCAGAAUUUGAAUUCUUUCUCGCAGUACAACACGGACUCGGGCUAUCAUGGAAUGCCGGACGACGAUAAAAUGGUUCUGCCAGAUACACAGCCAGAGACCCAGACAUCCACGCAACCCUUUGAGGCCGACGAGCCUGUGGUAUUGAGCUCUCAGGGGGAUGUCUCGAUUGAACCGCAACCAACGGAGGAUUCUUUCCACUCUGCGCAGGAGGACGUUCGUAUGCGUGGGGAAACCGUUGAGCCGCUGAACAUGGACCCAACCCCAACGAAUGAACGCACCAUGCGCCCACAAGAAUCCGUUUCUAAGGCUCCUGAAUCAGAGUCGAAUUCGACGCCCAGAGCCAGGACUCAAUCUAAGCCUAAGAUAGUCGCAGCUGCUGAGAAGCGGCAAGAAAGCCCGCCUGUUCAACAAUUGACAGAAAGGUCAGAUGAUGACGAAACCUUGUCGAAGAUCAAGGUUUCGGAAGCCCAGAAGCAAGGCCCUCCAAGCCCAGAAGUUGAAAUGGAAGAUGUAGUCAAGGAGGACACGAUUCUCGACGACAACUUCGAUGAUAUCGGCUCUCCGUCCGAUGGUUCCACCCCCCAACGACGAUUCCCCAUGCGAAAGAGCAGCUUGAACUUUGCUUCUUUGCCAGCUCGGGAGCCUCUGAAGGGCUCGCGGCGCUCCCGCACUUCCCACAUUGAUCUUUCAAAGCUGAACCCUACUGGCCGCCCUAGUCUCCUAGGAAAGCACUCAGCAGGGCACAGAGUGACCCAAGCAGUGGUGGACGAUGAGAUGGCUGACGCUGGAUCAAAGGAUCUGGAUGACGAGAAAGAAGCGGAAGAAAUCAUGGACGUGGAUCAGGUCAGCAAGUUACACAACCAGAAGUCGACGCAGAGCCUUCAUGAGAGGAUCAGUAUGCUCGGAAAACUCCAGCCAUCCCGACCCAAGAAGUCAAUCGCUGCGAUGGCUGGCCCAUCCGCUGGUCAGAUUCCAUAUCCGGAGCUUCCUGCAGCGAAGCCUGAAACAAAACUGGAACCUUUGGCCCAGACAGAACGCGCCACUUCUCUACAGAAUUCUGACGAAAUAGAGGUUGAUGACUGGAUCAGGCCUCUGAGUUCACCACAGCGACUCGACCUCGCAAAGAGCAAAACCACAGACGUGAUGGAGAAGCUCUUCGAUGUUAGUCAAUCACCAAGUAAAUCGGUUGGGACAACCGCUGUGGAGCAGCAGUCCACGGAACCAGAACGUCCCAAGUCAUCAUAUUCUAUCUUCUCCUCACCACGCCCACACGGUCACCACAAGACGGCUUCUGUCUCCAACAUUGCAUCAGAAGCAUCAACUACCCCUACCGGAUCCCCGAGGCGCUUUGAGGGGCCCCUCAGCGCCUCGAAAAUGAGGUUACAAUCCAUCAUGAAGUCCGCUAAGGGCUUAUUCACAAGCACGGGUGGCUCGACAAGAAUCGAGUCUUCGUCUCCCGAACAGCCACGCCUUCGUUCCCAGCAACAAGCUAAUGCUGCUGCAGAAGUCAAGGACAGUCAAUCCGAACCUCAGCCUCGUCAGAUCUCCAGCCCUCCGCGACAAGAAGGUCGUCGGACGCGGAGCUCCACUGAGAGGGAGGAGAAGCGUCGACAGAAGGAACGAGAAGAUCGCCAGCGAGAUGAAGAGGAAAAAGAGAUCCGACAGGAAAAAGCACGUGAGAAGGAAAAGCAGCGGGCAUUGCAAAUCAAGGCAAUGCAAGAUAAAUCAUCUGUUGAGCCAGAAGAAAGGCCCGCCAGUGCCGCCCAACGUCCAAUGCCGUCACAACGGCAGCAAUCGCGUGAGCCAGAGUCCGCUCACGACGGGUCGAGAUUUGGUCUUCCCCAGCCGAAGCAGAAUGAUCGACGCAUCAAGCCACCCACCCGCGAGCCAGCCCAAAAGCCCAACCCCCGGCCUGUUUCCAUUCGUGUCGGAAGCACACUCUCUCGUCCAAUGCCUAUACCUUCCUCCAUGACUUCGAAUAGCCAGGAGUCUGUUGCACCUCCUGCGGUCUCUGCCCCUGCCCCCAAAGCCACUUCUUUGAAAAAGAAAGGUAGCAAUCAAUCUCUGCACACGGCUUCUUCGGCGAGCAGCUUCAAGAGCUCUGUCUCGAGCCAAACGCAAGCACAGCGGAAGAAGAGAGAGCAAGAGGAGCGGGAGGUCCGCCGGAAGGAGGAGCAGAGAAAGGAAGAGCAGAAGCGUGAAGCAGAACGGAAACGAGCUUACCAGAAACAGCAAGAAGAGGAGGCUCGGCGACAAGCGGAGGCUGAGCGAGAAAGAGCCGAGCGGGAACUCUCUGCUUCAGAGGAUCCCAAGAAGAUUGCCCAUAUGCGGGCAAUUGAGAGGAGACGACAGGAGAAUAAUGCUCGGAAACACGUGCGACAAGGCAGUGUGCAGGCAGGCAGUGACGCUCCCAUGCUUCAACACGAGAAGACAGCAUCGCAGUCCUCUCAACGGAAUGACUUGGGUGCGACAAGGCCAGCAUCUCGCUUGGGCUACGGUCGACCCAUCAAUCCUCCAGCACCGAACCCCGCCAAGCCACCCAAGAGGAAUCUGGAUGAGGAAUCGGGUUAUCGAGUUGCAGUUACCAAUCCCAACAAUGUCCAACCUUCGGGUGAGGCCAAGCGACGUAAGACCGAGGAUGAGCAUAAUCCUAUGCAGCCAUUGCGGCCUACGAUGGCCCCUCCGAUCCGUCAGUCAAAUAUUCGCAAGCAGCCGUCUAUGUUUGGACAGUCUGGCUCUUCGAUCUUCAAAACCGGCCAGCCUCAACGACCUGCUCACCCCUCGGAGUUGGCGAAGUAUACAAACAAUAAGAUUCCUUUUGCGGAACCAAACCACGCGCCACCUCCGGCCGUACAGAAGGCUACCGCACCUGGCUCUGCUCAGCGACCUCCACCUGCCGCAAAGCCAUCACCAAAGUACCCGAGUGGGGAAAACAUCCACCUCCCAGAAAUCGCCACCGACAGCGAAGACGAGGAUGAUUCAGACUCCGAGAUUUUCCCGGUGCCUAAAUGGGCUCAACCCAAAGAGCUGGAGGGUCUAUUGCGGGAGCAGGACGGAAUGGAAGUCGACUCCAUUUUCGGUCCCAUUGCACCAUUCUCCCUCGAGGAGACCUUCAAGGCCGACAAGAAGAUCAAAAAAUACCGCGACCGCACCAGUAGUGCCAACUGGAACGGUCCAGAUGGUCUCACUAUGGAGGAGAUUCGCAAGGAUCGUAUUGAGCGGCAAAAACUCCGACUCAAUGGUGGUUGGUCUUUCCAGCAAUAGACAGUUAUCCUAUCGGUGGACAACUGGAUCCUUGGCUGGUGUAUUAUUUGUUUAUAUCCGACAGCAGCGGUUGGGACUUAAUAUUGCAACUGGAAUGGUGUUCUUGGUGUUGGGGUGGUUUAAUUUACUGGCGUUAUCUUGCAUUAUUAGUCUGCUUGGGAGGGAGGUCACUACAGUGGCAUAACAAGCAUCCAUCGGUCUGCAUAUGUUCAUCAAUUGAAGUUGUUGGAUUGUUCCUCC